AUGAGUGACGUCUGCGAUCGGGACUGGGUUUUGGACCCAGCUUCCUCCCACAGCCCAUCUGCACCUCUCAUCCGCUCCAAAAGCCAUUAUAAUCCCACCAAUCCCACAGCCUCUCACCACGACUCCCUCCUUUCUGGCAGCCCUGCUCUACACAUUAGGAUUUGGAACUGGGCUGGAGGCUCCUCUUUCCCCCCCAUUACCAUCUCUGAGAAAGCUGAUUCUCCUUCAUUUAUUGUGUUUUCAGUUGCAAUUGAUGAAGGCACGGACAUUACAGAUGUUGCACAACUGGCAAUUUUCAUCCGUGGAGUUGAUGACACAUUGACCGUCACCGAGGAGUUCGUGGAGUUGGUACCGAUGACAGAUACAACGACCGCAGCUGAUAUUUUCACCGCACUCGUUGGCGAGCUGGACAGGGUCGGAGUGGACUGGUCCCGUGCUGUCAGCCUGACUACAGAUGGUGCGCCCUCAAUGAUCAGGAAGAAAGCAGGCGUUGUAAAAAAGUUCAGAGAUAAAGUGCAAUCUGCAAAUGGAGGACGUGAUUUUUGGACUUUUCACUGUAUUUUGCACCAGGAGGCUUUGUGUUGCAAGUCACUGAAAAUGGAUAACGUCAUGAAGGUGGUCAUCCAAACUGUUAAUUUCAUCCGAUCCAGAGGCCUCAAUCACGGUCAGUUUGACAGUCUUCUCAGAGAGAAAGACCACAUCUAUGGCCUGCCAUACCACACUGAGGUAAGAUGGUUGAGCCGAGGUGCUGUGCUGAGGCGUUUCUUUGAUUUACGAGAAGAAAUUGAACAGUUUAUGGAAGAAAAGGGCAAACCAGUGUUAGAAUUUCAUUGCGCAGAAUGGAUGCAGGACCUUGCAUUUAUGGUGGAUGUUACAGAGCACCUGAGUAACUUGAAAAAACAGCUGCAAGGACGCAACAAAGUUGUCACGCAGUAUUAUGACGGCAUACGUUCUUUCAAGUUGAAGCUGUUAUUGUGGGAGGCGCAGCUCGCUGGUGGUGAUGCAGCUCACUUCCGCUGUCUGAAAAAUGUGUGCACAAACCAAAGUGUGGCAGAUAUGAAGCGGUUUAAAGAUAAAAUAACGGGACUGUUACUAGAGUUUGAGCAACGAUUUCAGAUUUUUGGUGAACUGGAGAAAGACUUCAAAGUUUUUUGCUCACCGUUCACCGUGAAUCCCUUUGAUCUGCCCGUCAGGAUCCAACUUGAAAUCUUGACUUGCAGUGCGACUCGGAUUUGA